AUGACACAUGGUGGCGAAUUUGAGUUGGCACUUUCUUUAUGUGGGCGAGUUGUCUAUGGUGGUGGAGCUUUAACCUAUGAGGUUCCAGCCUCCGGGGAAGCUCAGGGCUUCUCAGGGAUUCAGCAUCAGUUUGAUGGGAAUGAGGACCACCCGAUUUGUUACAGUUCAAAGGCUGAAGUCCAGGCAGAUAGAUUGGAUUUAUCGGUGGACUUGUCCCCUUUCUUCAAAUUAGCAGACAUAGAUUUUGACAGAAACACUGCAGUAGGUAUGAAAGGUCAUUCACAGACAGCAAAAUUGCUUGACAGAAUGAAACAAAAUAAAAAGAGAAAGGGCAAUGUCAGGGGGUUACAAUCGGCUAGGAGGAUUAGCACGAGCAAGCUCUUCUCAGCAAGAGGAUGUGUCGGUCCCGAUCUCUUUCACUUUUGUCUAUGCCAGUUGUGCUCAAGAAUUAGCAGGAGAGAGCUGUGGGCUAAGCUGGCUUCUAUGUCUACCUCGGUGAAUGGUAUUUGGGCAAUCGGUGGAGACUUCAAUGUUGUCUCAGAUGCCUCUGAGAGAAGUAGGAGACUGCUAGAUAGAGCAAGCUCAAUUGAUUUCUUCGAUGCAAUUAAUAAUGUAGGUCUGAUGGAUGCAGGAUUCUCGGGAAACAGGUUCACAUGGAGUAAUAAUCAAGUCUGCCAGGCUGAUCGGGAGUUGGGCGAGCUUAAGGCCAGCAUCCAGAACGUCAAUCCUUCGGACGACCCCUCUCUGCAGCAGCUCAACGACAUCAAAUUAGCUGCGGAUAAGCUUAAUAGGUUAGAAUUAAUGCAGGAAAUUUAUUGGAAGCAAAAGGCUCGAAUUGAUUGGUUAGUUGAGGGUGACAGGAAUAUAAAAUUUUUCCACGCUUCCGCAGUUGCAAAGCACCGCCACUCCCGUAUUCACAAGGUUAUAUCAGAGUCGGGCCAUGAGAUUAAAGAUAUCGACGGGAUUAAAGCAGAAGCGGUGAAUUUUUUUACGAGACAAUUCACUUCCUCUCCUACUUCUGACGCCUACUGGAUUCUUCAGGUCAUCCCGCACAUUGUCUCUCAGCAGCAGAAUCACGGUCUGAUGGCUUCGCCGACUCUGAUGGAAGUUAAAAAACCUGUCGAGGUUAUUCCCAUGGAUGCAGCGCCAGGGCCUGAAGUUAGAUUGAGUUCCAUCCUUCCUUCGAUCACCUCCUUAGAGCAAGGGGCUUUCAUUCCGGGCCGUCUCAUUUCAGAAAACAUCGUUCUCAGUCAGGAGCUUUUCAGGGACAUUGCCAGGAAGGUUCUAUCCCGAUUUGGCUUCGGUACUAUAUGGGUGGACUUGGUUGAAAAUUGUGGGAGUAAUAAUUGGUUUUUAGUGUUAGUGAAUGGGGAGUCGACCAGUUUCUUCAAAUCAACCAGAGGUCUUCAGCAAGGCGAUCCUAUCUCCCCUGCUCUUUUUGUCAUCAUGGUAGAGGCUCUUAACUGGGGCCUAAGGUCCUUGGUGGACCAAUGCCGUUGCAUUCCAUUCAAAACUUGCAGGGGCUGCCCGCGGGUGUCCCACCUCCUUUAUGCCGAUGACACCCUUUUAUUCCUUAAUGGGGGUGUAGCUUCACUUUGGAUCAUGAGAGAUUUUCUAGACAAGUAUCAGGAUGCCUCGGGUCAAAGCAUCAACCUCUACAAAAGUUACUUUGUUUGCGCUCCCAAGAUGACGUCAGCCCGGGUCCGAGCGAACGAGGAAGUGCUUGGAAUCGCAAGGGCCUCUUCCACUUUUUCUUAUCUAGGAGUUCCUAUCUCGGCUGGAAGAGUUAAAGCAAGUAUGUUUCAGCCGCUUUUGGAUAAGAUAAACGGGCGGAUCCAGGGUUGGCAGGCUAGGAUUCUCUCACAGGCGAGUAGGAUGGUCCUUAUCAAGCAUGUUUGGGGAAGUGUCCCCAUCCAUUUGUUGGUAGCGGCGCAUAUUCCUCAGCAGGGUAAAGGAAAACUUCACUGGAUGAAUUGGAAAAGGUUGGCGGUUCCUAUGGAGGAAGGUGGGUUGGGCUUUAGAAGGUUACAGGAGAUCAUGCAAGCCUUCCGUUUGAAGAUGGUAUGGAGCAUCGUUUAUGCGAAAAAUGAUAGUUUAUGGGGCUCCUUCAUGUCUGCAAAGUACAAGCCUCCUUUGCAGCAUCUUGAUUCUCACAGGAGAUGCAGCUAUGCAUCCCCUAUCUGGAGUCGCAUUCAGUCUCAAUUCUCUCUUUUGGCCACCAUUGUGCAGCAUCGGUUAGGAGAGGGUACAUGUCUGUUGUGGUCGGAGAACUGGUCUGGUCUGGGCUCGCUUACGGAUCUCGCCGUUAAUCCCAUUCCAGAGGCUAUGAUGGAGAUGCAGGUUAGAGACUUUCUGGGCCCGUGCAGCCCUCUGCCACCGUCUACGGCGUUCAAUUUCCUUCCCCAAAGGAUAAUCGACUACAGUUUCCAAGGGGGUUUCAGCGUCUCGGUUGGACCUAAUAGCACUUUCUGGCCCGUUGAAUCCUUCAGAAUCUUGUGGAGCAAAUGGCUGCCUCCAAAAAUCUCGUUGCUGGCGUGGAGGAUCCUGCAGAGGGCUGUCCCGGUUGAUGUUGCCGUUCAGUCCCGGGGCGUGCAGCUGGCAUCUGCAUGUGUCUGCUGCGGAUUCAAAAUUCCGGGCCAAAUUUCUGUUGAGACAAUUCCGCAUCUCUUUCUUCACAGUCGCAUCGCAAAGGCUCUCUGGCAUCACAUUGGUGAAAUCUUCCACAUUAAUAUUUUGUCGGCUCCCUCUUUGAAUCUUCGUAUUGCGCAAUGGAACAGUGCUUUCCUUGCGUCGAUGAGGAAAUCAGAGAUGCAGCGACUGGCCCCUUUCUUGCUUUGCUGGGUGGUGUGGAAAGCCCGCAAUGCUGCACGGUUUGACAACAAAAAGGUUUAA